AUGGUCAUAAAAUUGGACCACGUGAUUUUCAACAAAGGUGGAGGUUACAGUGGUACCUCUGGUGACUUCACAACACUGGUAACUGGGACAUACUACUUCAUUGUCACCCUCAGCAUACCCACUCAAAGCAAUGCUAGAGACUACCUACGAGUGCACAUCAUGAAGAGUGGAGUAGAGGCGUCUUACCUGUAUGUGGGGGCACACAGCGUAUGGGUGAAGCCCUCAGAGAAUACUCUGCUGGAGCUACAAAGAGGGGACAGGGUUUACGUCAGUGUGGGGAAGACAUCCUCCUCAGAGUUCUCUCUUAUUCCCGGAAGAGAUUUUCAUUGUCAUUUUACAGGCUUUUAUUAG